AAGUGCUCUUUAAGGUUUUGUUAUGUGCAAUGCAAAGCCUAUGUGUUUUGUUUUUCUUUUUUUUGUUAUAUUUUCAUCGAUUUUAUGUUAUAGUUUGAUCGAUUUUGUGCUAUUUAAAGGGCUAAUUGAACUACUUCAUUUGCCUCUUUUAUGUGGUACUUUAUUCAAAUCAUAAUCUUUUCUAGAGAAGAAUUUGAUAUGAAGGAUGCCUUCUAGCACUAAAAAUUGUCCUUUGUUAUAUUUUCAGUAUUAGUGCUAGGAAACAAGUAGAGAAUGGUUUAGUAACAAAAAUAAAACCAUUUGUGAAUUUUUGCCGGUAAGAAAGUCUUCAGUCCUUUGUGGUUUGUCAAAAUACCAAAUUUUAAGCCGCCAAAAAUGGGAUAUCUUUGAACAAUUACGUUUCAUUUCGUACUGAAGCUGCGUACAAUUAUAUCAAAUUUGUACAGUUCAAAUAAUUGAUUCAUCUAAACAAUGUUAACCAAUGGCAUUUUCAUGUGUUUAUAUGGACUUAUGAACAGAAACUGGUAGAAACCAAACAAAACUAUUAUAGAGAAGGGCACGUGUGGCUCAUGGAAUAUUAUGACAGAAUGAGUUUAAAAUUGAUGGAUGGAUAUCUUAAUUGUUAUAUUCUAGUUGUUUCAAUUUUCUGUAAGGGAUGUUUGGCUAUAACUCAGAAUUGAUAAUUCUUUAAAGUCUUCAAGAUUGUAUGGAAGAGAAGAGGAGAUAUGCCAAGACCUUUUGAAAUACCGUAAGGCAAUUACCGCAUUUGUCCUGGUGACAUUUUUAUAUUUAGUAGAUUCUUAUCUUUUUAGAAUAACAAAGGUCUGACGCAACUCCCCUUCCCCAUCCAUUCCCUCUUCCCCUCAUGAAGUCGCUCAAAAAAGGCUGUGUUUACGCUAGUCUCUACGUCCCUACUGACUUCUCUUACAAUGAGUGGCAUAUGCUUCAGAGGAGCAUAUGUGUAUGGCUCUUGCUCUGAUAUAAGAACCAAUCAUCAUUAGAUGUCAAAAAAUACUGGAUGUUGACUUUUCCCAUGUUGAUCAAACAGGCCAUUUUUUUAAUACUGGGCUUCGCCUAUAAUUAGAUUGCCGUUACCAGCACUUAACUAUGAGAACCAUAACAAUUUUUCAACAACACCUGGAAAGCCAAGACUACAUCCAGAAAUGUUAACAAUUCACAAUUAUUUCAAGCCUGGAAAGCCAGGACGAAUGCUGUUUUUGACGGCCUAGCUAGUCGUGCUUCCGUGCUUUUGAUUGGUGAAACAUUUCGGAUAGUCUUGGAUCAAAAGAGAUAAUGGUAUCUAACUGAAUUAUCCAAUCAAUCCAAAUAUUCUAAGAAGCGUCGUAUCAGAGUAUCAAACACCGUUAUCGAGGUUACAGUCCAGUCCAGGGUUUCAAAUUGCCUGCUCCUGCGCAUGGACCAAAAUCAAACUGAACUCUUUGGAAAAGGUAAUAAAGAAUUCGUUAUUAAAACGUUAUCAAAAAUUAUUAAUUUGUACCAACAUAUAAAUACGCUUAACUAUAUGGAAUUUAUGGAUAACAUAGGAAAGUUUUACUCAUGUGUUUUAUCGAGUCGUGUCUUAUCGACCGUAACCGUAGCAAUAAAUAAAAUGGCAUUUGCAAUUUGUUGGUGAAGUUGCUUGUAAAUUUGAUUAUGAUGCUUUCUAGGUACUUGUCAAUCAUUUACGGUUACUGGCUGACGACAAUAAAGCGUGUUUAGGCAUCCUUGACAGACUAGAAAUUAUCACGAUAUAUCAAGCUACAGCGUUAAUAUGAAAAGCUAAACAGCUGUCAAAAUGUGGUGGAUGGAGAGUUUCCAAAGGAUGUACACAUUUUAUCCAGCAGUCUUCCAAGUAUUUCUAAUGCUGCACGCACUGGUGGAUUGUCAAGUGUCUGUGAGUUCUAGCGCCGCAGCAUCAACGAAAUACAGCGAGGAUCACCACCCGCAGGCCUACAUCUCGUCCCUAUCCAGCUCAAAAGCCGACCAAAACACCUCUGUCAAAAUCAUACCAGGGCUUCCAACUUCAAAACCAGUAACUACCAUCCAGCGGCCUACAACCAAUUCGUACUCUACCAACGCGAAGCCUACCAGUACAGUUCCUUUAGCAACAACUGCUGCACCAUCCAAGAAACCAACCAAAGACAUUGUCUCCAAAGCUUCAUGGGAUUACAAAUCAAGUGAUGAAUCCUAUGGACCAGAAAAAUGGCAUUUACUAUCUGAUAGAUGUUCAGGCCAACGCCAAUCUCCGAUAGAUAUUGUCACUGCCAAUGCCGAAGAGCACAGUGGGCCUACAUUUCCCAUCAAGUUUAUUCUUCUCAGUCAGGCCGAUAAUUUAACAGUCAAAGGAACAUUGAAGAAUAACGGGAGGGCACUCGGGUUUGGGGUUGAUUCAAAAAUUGCUCCAAUAAAGAUCGCUUUUAGAGGUUUGUACACGCUGAAACAGUUUCACUUUCAUUUUGGUUGCGAGAAUGAGAGUGGAUCUGAACAUUCAAUUGACGGGAAGCGUUUUCCUGGCGAAAUUCAUUUUGUCUUCAGCAAUGACAAGUACAGCACAAUGGAGAAUGUGAUUCAAGCUCCUGAUGGACUUUUGGCCAUUGCAUUUUUCCUAGAUGUAGAUGAAAGUGUGGAAAAUUCAGAAAUGAAUAAGAUAAACCAGCUUCUGACAGAGUUAAGGAUUCCCAAAGAAAAAGCAGUUGUCGAGGCAGGGAUUCAAAUUAUCAAUCUUGUCCCGGCAUUGAAAGAAGGUAUUAGGAAUUUGAAGUGGUUCGGAUAUAAAGGAUCAUUGCCAGCACCGCCAUGUUUUGAGUCUGUUAUUUGGAUGGUCUUUCAAAGACCGGUUAAAGUGAAAAACGCAAUUUUGGACAACUGGCGGAGGAUGCUGCAAGGCAACCACCAGAGGAUGUGUGGAAAUUUUAGGCCAGUACAACCGCUUAACGGGCGCAAAAUAAUGACGUUUUCAUUAAAACCUUUGCCAACCCCACCUAACCAAACACAAAAUCCCGUCAAUUUAGGAGAUGCAGAUUUAUAAAGCUUCUUGUCACGUUUUCUUUGGAGAGUUUACGAAUUCGUAGUGGUUUGGAUUUUAUUGUUGAAUAGAAAUGGACGAUAUGAUUCUUA